AUGGAUCAAAGACUGCUACGUAUUUCUGUGUGUGGUAAAGAAUUGGAACUAGGGCCACCUGAGUUUCAUGUGUUAACUGGUCUCUCGUUUAAUGGGUGGGAGCAACCUCCAAGCACUUCACUUUUCUUUAAAAAACAUUUCCAAGGGGUGAAAAAAAUAACAUUCAGCCAACUUAGAGAAGCCUUUCAGAAGCAUUGUACUAAAUUGGGUGGGGUUGAUGAUGAUGCUUUGAGGUUUGCUUUGUUGAUAAUUUUGUAUGGAGUGUUAUGGAUAAAACACUCAGCAGCAAGGGUAGAAGAAAGUUAUAUGCAUCUAGUUGAUGACUUGGAACGUUUUGAUAAGUUUCCUUGGGGACUUGUGGCGUACGAAUUCCUUGUUCUUGUCAGCCACAACAAUAGAAUAAAGCUGAAUCUUCAGAAGAAAAAUAAAAAGGGAGUUACGGUCGAAAUACAGGGAUUUGGCUAUGCGUUGCAGUUGUUUGCUUACGAAAUGCAUAACAAAAUUGGUGGUCUUUGUGCUACGAGGCUGGAUGAGGCAAUAACUCCAAGGAUGCUCAGAUGGGCUCCGGUGCCACAUAAGGUUGGUCGGCAAAAGAUUCAGGCACUAUUGAAGCCAACCUUUGCAAGUGAUCUUAAUAGCAUGCAACUAUUGCCUGGUGAGUUGGAAAAUUUACAAGCUGCCGGAAUUGCGAAGGGAGUUGAAUGCCGUGUACCGCUGAAUGAGAUCAUACAUUUCACAAAAAAGACACAGCCACUGCAUACACUUAAAAAACAUCAGAAUGUAAGUAAAGACGAUCCGUUGAGUAGUAUGCAUGUUGAAAGAAGAGGAAUUCACCUUCCCAAAAGGUCCACAAGAGCUGCCCAUUCAGUUGUUGACAUCACAGAUAGGGAAUUGUUUAGCAAACGUGGGCUGAGGGACAUUCAGGCAGAGAAGCAAGGAAACAUUGAAAAAAAGGAAACAAAAAAAGGUAAAAGAAAGAUAAUGGAGAAGGGACAGAUUUCUUCCCCAGGCUCGAAGAAUAAGAGAAAAAAGGUUGCUCUUCAGAAAAAACCAAAUGUACCACCAACAAAUGAGCCCCCGCUGAAUGAUGGACAGCCAAGUGCCAGCCAACAAGGGAAUUUGGCAGAAGCAACAAAUGAACCCCCGCUGAAUGAUGGACAGGCAAGUGACAGCCAACAAGGUUCUAUUGAUGAGAAUCUCAAAAGGUCGUCAAACAACAAGAAGAUGGAAAAAGGGACAAAUGAUUGCCAGACAAAAGCUGAAACCAAAGAUUGCCAAAGCAAACCAUUGAAGAAUCCUACAACAAAAGUUCCCACGGUAUCCUUGGAAACUGAGGUCGUUGCAACUGAGGUAGUGGAUUGUGAAUUAAUAACGGAUGAGGAGUUUGAGCCAAAUCAGUCAAGGAGAAAAUCAAGCAGAUUAAAACGACCUCGACCACUGAAGUAUGGACUUAGGGAGGGCCCUUAUCCAUUACAAGUAGCAUCGGCAGCUUCAAUUUCAGCUUUCGAGGCAUGGUACACUAGCAACGUCAAUGAUCUACAGUCAAGGCCAUUAAAGGGAAUGCCAUACGUUGGAGAGCAUCAUGCAACUUGGUUUGAGGAGUUGUGGAAACCCAAUGGAUGGCAUAUCGAUUGUUUAGUGAAUAUGAAUAUUGCUGCAUUUAAAAGGGACCAAACGGGCUUUCUUGCAAAGUGGACUGUGGUGGAGCAGACUGGCUGGAACGCUCUUUGCGCCUUGACCCACGUCGUUUUACGCAGUCAACUUAAACCUUAUGUCGAAGGUAGGGCACCAUUUCAGCUGGCUACUCCGUGGUGGGAGGCGGAGAAGAUCUUGGGAUCAGCACAGGUAAAUAGGGACCAUUGGGUUUGCUAUGAGAUCCAGAUUGACAAACAACAGGUCACCGUGUACGACUCCCUCUCGGACACGAGGGUGGCCAAGAGGGUUCGCAAACCAUUUGACCAAGUGUUGAAAAACUUAGCGUGGAUUUGUAAGGAGUUUCAAGUUUGGGACCGACGAUCGACGAAGAGCAGGUUGAAAAGAGUGUGGGAUUUGAAGAUACAUCAACACCCGCCUCAACAAGGAAAUACAACGAACUGCGGAAUCAUGGCCUUGAAGUACUUCGAAUGCUUGAUAACCAACAGGACAUUGAAGGUACUACACGAGGAUCACGGCUCAGAAUUUCGUCGGUCUUAUUGCGCACAACUAUUCGAGUACGAAGUUUAA